UUGUUUAACAUUUUCGGUUGCUAGACGACAAUAAUGCACAUGAUAUUCCUACAGCGCAAACAGACGCGAAAAAACGAUGCUGAGCAAUAUUAUAGCUCAAAAUCUGUAGCUCUGACACAAAAUCGAGAAACGCUGACAUCAGGAAACAUCUACACCUUGGGAACUUCUUAAAAAACCCUACCAGUUUCAAUGCUCUUGAUAUACUGGUGGCUGGAUAUGCAAACAUGGACUUCUCUACAUUUAGAGACAUAUGCUUUCCUGCUGUAUAGCUAAUAAUAAUCCGACGCUAAAGGUUAAACCUGCUUAGCUCAUCUGAGAGAAUAUUAUGGUUAUGUUGUUGCUCAUAAGACGCACUGCAAUAAGUGAUAAUAUAAUAACAUUGGUAAUCACAUAGACUAUAAUAAUGUCUGUAGUAGCUGGUGAACUGGUCACUGAAGAAGAGGUGCAAGAUCUGGCAGAGGACAGUCUCUGUAGCAGCUAUGUGUCCGACACUGAACAGAAAUCAAGAAAAAAGAAAGUUUCUGGCAGACCACCUCAUUCUCCUAAGUCACCAUACCUGAACAGUGCAAACUUGCAUCUGAACAGAAGUCCAGCAGCAUCUUGGAAGACAGUAAGGACACAACUCCAUAACUGUGAAACCCCUCCGGCCAGCACACCCAGAGACGUCUGGUUGCAUUUACAGAAGGAAGGACAUGGGACAUUGUCAAAGUCUCCAAAGGGAGCUGAUUACAGUGGCGCACAGACUAGCAUUUCGCAGAGCAGCACACCUGAAUAUUUGAAGGAAGCCUUUGGAAUGAAAAAGCCUAAAUACUCUCGCUCGGCAUCUAAUGGUUAUGUUCCAGGAACCCCAGACUACAAAGAGAAGGAGGAUAUGUACGAUGAAAUAAUUGAUCUUAAAAAGACCAUCCAGGCCCAAAAGACUGAAUCUGAUAAGAUGAAAGCCAAGCUGCGGCAUCUUGAAGAGGACAACACUAAGAAAGACAGACAGAUCGAACAACUGCUGGAUCCAGCUAAGGACUCAGAGUAUGCUAGGGGUUUAGUGGACAAGAAAACUGAUCAUAGAUCGAUUAUUAAUGGACUGAAACAGAAGAUUCUGCGAUUGGAGCAGCAGUACAAAGAAAAAGAGAAUGCCUUGAGUCAGCUUCAGAGUGACCUUAAAACCACUAACAUGCAGGAAAUGAAGAUCACUGUAGAAACCUACUAUAAAGAGGUUCACAGGUUGCGAGCAUUGUUAGAGUCAACAGAGAAAAGUAAUAAGGCAGAGAGCAAAGACAGCAAGCGGCAGAACAAAGUUCUCAGUGCGACAGUUCUGAAACUCACAAAGGCAGUCAAACAGCUGGAGGAUGAGAACCAGGAGCUAAAAAAGGACUUGGUACAGGAAGAGAUCAGCAUGAUGGACAACACUGCGUGCCGGGCCAAGGGUUAUCUGGAUUGGAGUAAACAAAGGCUGGUGCGACGAAUACUGGAACUUGAAAAGAGAGUAGAGCAGAUGAGGAAUAUUCAGGUCGCCAAAGCAUCAGACUCACGGAAGAGCCCAGAGGAAAAAGUCACUGGGUCAGAAUCAGCCAAUCAGAGAGAUUCUGUCGACACAGAAAUGGAUCCAUCAGUGACUACUGAGAAUGACGUGGAUUUUAGGGGAACAGUUAAGAAACUUGGAGAGGAGAAAAAGGAUCUACAGGAAAAACUAAACCAGCGAGAGGAGGAGAUAAAACAAUUAUCUGCUGAGAAGAACGAAAGGAUGAAAGAUGUUGAAAAAGUGCUGAAAGAACAAAUCAGGGAGCAUGAAAGACUGAUGCAAACACACAGGCAGGAGAUGGGGGCACUGACCAUAGAAAUCAAUUGUUUAAAGGAGAAACUCGAGGAGGAGAGAAAACUCAGAUUACAAAAUUACAGUCAGGUUCCAGACAGUUGUUUGUCAGUUACACUCACAGAACCAACGUCAUUGUCAAUGUUGGCGCCGAAACAGAGUCUGGAGCAGAUGGAGAGAAACAAAGCAGCUAAGAUCAUCCAGAUGCACUGGCGCUUACACCAAACACGGGAUCUGGUUCUCUUGCAGUCUUGUCUCAGAGGGUAUCAAACCAGGCAGAGGCAGUUGGAUAAACAGACAAAGAGCCAAUCAGGUUUGAACACUCUGGCUCUACAGGAAGAGUAUGUGACCCUGAUGCAGUCUGUCUUUAGGGCUCAUCUCAAACGCUGCUCUUUGAAGAUGGAAAGGGCAUCUACAGUGACAGAAUCUGUCUUUUCCACACAUCAGAAAAAAAAUGAUCCCUCCACUCUUCCACUGCUGCCCAGGGGCUCUUCACAGGCCACGUUCAGGAACAAAACACAAAUCUCAGGUGUGAUUCAGAAUAAUAUUAAGGUGAUUACAAAAGAAGUCAGUCCUGCUUCUAAUGUUGUGCUAUUCCACCAACAAUCAAUAACAGUCGACACGAAGAUCAACCAACAGCUACCAACCACAGAAAUUCCAAAGACAGUUGAUUCAGAUGACUCUGAUGACUUCAUUGUAUCUCCUUCAAAGCCAAUGAGAAAAAGAGAAUCAUAAGUCCGUUCAACCCUAAUGACUUGAUUUAGUUCUGUUGCUUUUCUAUUUGAAUCUCAAAGGUUUUAGGAAAGAUGUUUCUUAAUAUUUCUUCUCUAGAUCAGGCCUCAACAUUUCACAUGGUGUGUUCUUUUUUGUGGCCUUUUUGUUGGCAUAGAAAGUCAGCAACUAUAGGCCAUUCUUAAGCACAUCUUAUUACCUGCAAUUACCUACCAAAGGGAAUUAUCACAACAGAAACAUACAGUAUGGUGUAAGACUGCAUAUUAUGAACAUACCAUCUAGAUGGUCAUUUGUAUGGGCAAUACCAAUUAUGUGGCUCAUGGAUGGUGGAUCAUUAUUAAAAUAACCUAUUGCUUUUUUAUUAUUCAGAUAAGGUCACAUUGUUUUGACUUCAAGAAUCCAAGUCUUCAAAUAAUGGAUGAAUUUGUCUUCACACUUCAAAGUGCCUUGUAUUGAACAUAGAUCUUUAAAUGAGGAUCAGGGAUUCAAUAAUUUUCAUUCACUUCUUACUGUAGAUCAAUUAGAUAUACACAUUACAUUAAGCUUGAUGAACAGCAUAUCUUAUUAAGAAUAUUUAAGCCAUUGUGUGCAUUUGAAGUACAUCUUUGAUUAAGACAAAUUCCAGGUACUGUGAAGCUCCACAAAUGUGGAAGAUUUAUUUAACAUAUUGCUGUAUAAGACAGAUUUGUUAAGUUUUCAUUUCACUUUAACCUUCCAGUGCUACUGCAGGACAAAUUGCAAAACAAUUUGGACAGUAAAUGCUGUUUAAUUAAAUGUUAAUGUCAAUGUCAAGUUUAUUUAUAAAGCACAUUUUAAAACAACCGAAGUUGACCAAAGUGCUAUACAAUGUAAUGCAUGAGAAAAGCAGAUACACUAGACAAUAAAAAAACCAACUAGGAAAAAGAAAAAGUAAAAAAAAAAAUAAAUAAAUAAAAAAACAGCAAAACAAAGGAUUCACGGUUGAUUAAAAGCCAAUGAAAAUACAGACAGAGAGUUCUGAUAUGUACCGGCAGGCUGUUCCAGAGCUUAGGGCCAGCUAUGGCAAAAGCACGAUCACCUCUUUGCUUCAAUCUGGAUCUGGGAACAGAGACCAAUCCAAGAUCCCCAGAUCUAAGAGAUCUAGACGGAUUGUGUGGGCGCAGUAAAUCAGAGAGAUAUUGUGGCGCCUGGAUAUUUAAUGAUUUAAAAACAAUUUAAAAUCAAUUCUGUAUCUAACCGUCAUCCAGUGCAGUGAAGCUAAAAUUGGAGUGAUGUGUUCAUAUUUGCGUCUGCCCUUCAGAAGUCUGGCUGCAGCGAUUUGGACCAUUUGAAGACGAGAGAGAUGACUGAUUUACUCUGAUAUAGAGGGAAUGUGGACUGUGUUUUUCAGAGUUUGUCAUUAUAGAUGUUCUAUAUCUAUAUUUUGCCAAUAAUGAACAUAGCACUGCAAACUUAAAAUUAUUUUCUGUGUUAUUGUUUCAAUGCCUUGUUUAAUCUGUCCUUGCUCUAAGAGCACAUUUAUUGUUUGUGCCAUUGUGCUUGAAUUUGUUUCAGUUUUAUUAAAGACUUGUUUU